CCUUCACUAUAAAACCCUCCUUCAUCUAAUCACCAUCACCACCACCUCACUUCAUCUAAUCACCAUCACCGCCGCCACCACCGCUCCUUCAUCUAACAACCACUCUCUUUUUUAGUUUUUUUUCCUCAUUAUCAUACUAUAAUGGGUCUUAGAAAAUCACAAAACAAACAAACACAAGCAACCGUGCUCAAGAAGUUUAUCAAGAAAGGCUCAAACUUUAGAGAUGAUGAAGGCUACCCAACCGACGUCCCUAGAGGACACUUUGUCGUGUACAUUGGAGAUACAAGAAGUCGAUAUGUUGUACCCAUAUCGUGGCUACAUCACAAGGGCUUCCAAAGCUUACUACAACGGGCCGAGGAAGAGUUUGGGUUCAACCAUGAAAUGGGAUUAACCAUUCCUUGUCAUGAACAAGAUUUCUUGUCCCUCUUAUCCGUCAUAGGAUGAAACUACCUUUCAACCCAACCACAUAAUUCUUUUUUUUUAAUUAUUUUGAUUUACUCAUCUUUGGAUGAUGAUUUUGAGCAAAAAUCAUCGUGCUUGUUCCAACUUUUUCUAUUUUUCUCAUGUGGUGGUGUCACCCUUAGAAAAAUACUGUGUAAAUUAAAUAUUUCAAUGUUUGGUCAUUUUAUCAUUCAAUUGCAAAA